CUCUUCUCUGCCCUCCAAUUUUCACUCUCUCUCCUUCUCUCCUCUUAUCACCACGCCUAACUGGCUUGGGUUGUUUGCUAUCGUGAGAGCCCGCGGUACGAGGUAUACGGCAUCCGACCGCCAUCCAGAAGCAGGUUUGUUUGCUGGCUGACUGAUGGGCUUCCACCAUCUCGCACGCAAACAAAGUCCUGGAGCCGGGCGGCAAACCCAGUCGGACUGUGCUCUUCCCACUGAUGCCAUCUCCAGCAGAAAAAGCCUGAACCACCGAGCCACCCAGAAACCAGAAAUCACGUGUGCAAGACCCACGUACCGGAGUUCCCUUCCCAAUCCUGCCAUGUGCAUCCGAAAAGUGGAAAAUCUGUUUCACCCUCACCCAUUCUCUUGCCAUGACGCUCAGAUGAUGGAUGGCUCGAACUCGAGGGCAGAAUGUUUUUUUGUUUGGUGUUGAUGCAUCCUGCAUAGUUUAGCUUAGGGGGCACGGCAGGGCGGACUAGGCAGGAAUGCCCAGGAGUGGCAUGCAGCGAGCCAGAGGCCAGACGGGGGAGGAAAAAGGGGCAGAUAAGGUGCAGAGCGCAGGGCGAAAAAGGUGCAGGGGUGGCUGCACGGGGGCUGCAGUGGCCUGCACUGGCCUGCACAGGCGAGUUGCUGGGCAGAUUCCUGGUGGAUGAGGGCGAAAUGUGGGCUUGAUUGCAGCUGGCUUGGGCGUCCAGAUGACACCGGCUAGGCCCGUUGUAGCGUAGCGGCGCUGGCACGGCGGGGUUCCCAGUCUGCGCUCUGUGGCGAGGGCCUGGCACUAUAAAUGCCGCCCUCGCCCUCUUUCCGCGCGAAGUGCAGCCGACCUCUUUUUCCUGUCAUUUUUCGUUCUUGGCACUCCCUCCUGCCAGACUCCCAUCCACCACCCCCUCUAUUCUUCGCACGGCAUCAAAGCGCAUCAUUUCUGUUGCCCCCCCAGCCUGCGAUUGAUCCUCCUCCUAUAUCCCUCCAUCCUGGCAUCGAUUGGCUCUCCCACAUAAUCGUGCCGCCACAUAAAUCUCCCUUGGGCGCAUCCCGCAUACCAGAUCCGCAAGUUCUUGGACAAAGACCCCAAAGAUCUCACCUGCGACCCGCGCCUGCCACUCUCUUCACAAAGGGCAAACAAAGGAAACAAAGAAAAGAAUCCAAAGGCCACAAUAGACUGUCUGCACUUUCCGCUCUUAAGUAAUUCGCAUUCGCAAUCGCAAAUCUACGCACUCUUGCUUCCUCUUGCUCCCACCCCCCCCGUUCUGCCAACCUCGUCGUCGCUCCUCCACAUCCGACGAAACAAAGUUCUCUGCAGACCUGAUCUGAGACAAGCCUCAUCAGUCGACGGACUUCAUUGUCAAUUGGAAGUAGGGCAGUUGUGUUGUAGGGGAGACAUUGAGUUGUUCAUCUCCCACAUCUCGGUACGAAACACCACCGCAUCCAUCUUCUCUACCUUUUCCUCCUCAGGUCGAUUCUCCGAUCGACAGACCCCCCCCAUCAUCGUCAUCGUCAUCAUCGCCGUCGAGUUGACGCCGCGGCCGCCUCCUGCUGGCUCAAGUGAAUUCAGUCGAAAUUCACUUUGGCCUCCAAAGUCGAGCCUCGCACCGACCGACGCGAUCGAUCGCCUGCCUCUGCCGCACCCUCGCCACCCUUCAAAAGUUACUUAUCGAUUCGUCAUCCUAACCUGACCUUGUUUUUAAUUCUCUCCAGACUGCUUCCAUCCUUCAUCGAUCUCUCUCAUCGACAAGGAUACACCGGCUGCGACCGCUCUAUUGCGCCGCAGCGACCAACCGCACAUUCCUGCAAUCAUGGAGUCGCUUACCACUCACCCGUCCACCGCGCAACAGGCCAAGGCCUUCACCUCUCCCGCGUCUCUGUCGUUUCCCGGUGGUGCUGGGGAUUUGACACCGCCCUCCUCUGAGAAAGAUGGACAAAACCUCAAUGGUGGCUCGUACGCAGAUGGGAAGACGAAUGGUCAGCAGGGAGGAAAUGCCAUUCAGGCUCCACAAACCCCCGGCGCAACGCCUGGCGCUGGCGUGAGUGGUAUUGUGCCCACCUUGCAAAACAUCGUUGCUACGGUCAAUCUGGACUGCCGUCUUGAUCUCAAGACGAUUGCCCUCCAUGCUCGCAACGCCGAGUACAAUCCCAAGCGUUUUGCCGCUGUCAUCAUGCGUAUCCGUGACCCCAAAACCACUGCCUUGAUCUUUGCAUCAGGCAAGAUGGUCGUCACUGGCGCCAAGUCGGAAGAUGAUUCGAAACUUGCGAGCCGCAAGUACGCCCGUAUCAUCCAAAAGCUAGGCUUCAAUGCCAAGUUUACCGACUUCAAAAUCCAGAACAUUGUCGGUUCAUGCGACAUCAAGUUCCCCAUUCGACUGGAAGGUCUUGCCUCCAAGCAUCACCCCUUCAGCUCGUAUGAACCGGAAUUGUUCCCUGGUCUCAUCUAUCGCAUGAUUAAGCCGAAGAUUGUCUUGUUGAUCUUUGUCAGUGGCAAGAUUGUGCUCACGGGGGCCAAGGUCCGUGAGGAGAUCUAUCAAGCCUUCGAGCAGAUCUACCCAACGCUAUCAGACUUCCGCAAAGUCUAGAUCUGCUUACGCAGGGCGGGGUUUUCCCGUUAGCCUUGUAUCAACAGUCAACCCUUAACUCGGCUGCACCCCUUCGACAAUGGCCACACUGUCGCGGCGGGGAAGUCGACAUGCUCUGGGUUCUGCAUCUUGCAAACCAGGCAUGACUGAAACUACUUACCAAAUCUUACCUUUUCUUUUUCGCCUGUGUCACGACUAUCUAUGAGCAUUGCAUGGCGUUUUUGAGCGAAAUCCCUUCAUAUUGUUUCCUGGGGCAAAGGCACCAAAAAGGACUCGGGUGCAGUCGGCCUGCUUACACCUUAUUAGACAUUGGGUCUCAUCGACAAUGGGAUAUCAGCUUGGGGGACGGUAUUCGGCGCUGGUCGACUUCGCAUACCGUCUUGUGUGGAAAUAACUCUUCAAUUUCCUCUGCGCGUUCCUGGUCAUGGGGUUGUGGGAGAGACAACACACCAUGGACCAGUUGCUGUCUGGCGCACGGAGAGCUUUACCGACCAAGGGAGGCUUGACUUUACUUUUCAAAGCUUGGGUUCUCCAUCCAUGACUGGAACUUUUUAGGUCAUGGGAAAGAAAAAACCAGAUGGGCAAGCGAUAGCAAGCCCAUUUGCUCAGAUUGUUUGUGAUAGAAAAAGCAUCAGAAGAUGCUGAGUGCGGACUCCGAUGGAGCGAAGUGAUAGGAGGGUUGACACGGUUCCUUGAUCGUAGUCAGUACUGCUCACGACUGCAUGAUGAUAGCUCAAUAUGAAUUCUCAUCCCUCCCA